CAUCAUGGCAGCAGGUGCCAUCCUCCUUCUGCUCUUUGCAGUUCUGGGAUUUGGCUCAGCUGAAGACUUUUAUGGGGAUAGCAUUAGUUUUGUUCAUCUGCACAAGGACCCGGGUGGAUAUUUGAAGGUGGCCUUUCAUCACCGACAGAAUGGCAGGGAUCGUUGUGAUUAUCCGUCAUCGUAUACGUGCAUGGGAUGUACGGGCCUGGUCAACAGCAGCGUCAUGCAAACAGACCAGGACACCUCAGGCCAGCACAGGUGGUGUCAAUCUGAGGGACAUACCAUGGCAAACGUCUCCAUGAACGCUUCCUACAUUUCCCUGAGUAACACAGGUUGUUGCUGGGCAACUAACAACGAUACAAAAACAAAUUGGACAAGCCAUGCCCAUUUGGACCUCCGUACUCGAUCGGACACUGAAGGCCUGAACAAUUGUCCAGUAACGACCACGGUGUCCUCCCUGAGGGUUCCCCAGAACUGUUUUCCAGAGCUUCAUCUUUUGGCUUAUGAUCCAGAUGAAGAUCAUGUGAAGUGCCACUUUGCUGAAAACGCCGCCGUUCAUGCCAACAUUACUCUGAAUGAGACUACCUGCACACUACACAAGACAGGGGAGGUCGGUAUUGGUGUCUAUGUGUUUGAGGUGAUGCUUGAGGACUUCCCCACAAAAAACAUUAAUUUAUCCUAUGCAAAUGGCACAUCUACGUAUUGGGAGGCCUAUAAUGGAAGUGCAUCGCAUCUCUGCAGCCUCAAACUGCAGUUCCUGUUAGAAAUCCUCCCACCAUUGCCAGACUGCGAACUAGGUCACGUGUUGCCCAAGUUCUUGUACCCGACACCCAAACAUGGUGCUGUGCUUCAUGCCACAGUGGGAUACAAAUUCAUGCUUCACGCCAAAGCGCAGGCUCACCAUGCCACAAUUACUGACUUCCAGGUCAGCGGCCCAUAUAACAUGACUAAGGAGUUCAGUGAUGGUCAACAUGGAAAAGCUGAACUGAAGUUGAGCUGGACACCACAACACAGUGAUGCAGAAAGAGUCGCCCCAGUGUGCUUCACUGCAGAGACAAAUGAAUCCCAAUCAGAGAUGAGGUGUGUUGCAGUUGUGGUGAGCGAACCGACGCCCUUCCAUGGUAAAACAGCUGUGACAUGCAUGGCCAACAUGAUGAUGGUUGCCAUUGAGAGAUCUGCAUUGCCCGAUGUGGAUGUGCACUAUCUCUCGCUGAUGGAUCCAUCCUGCUCGGUCACCUAUAACGAUACUCACAUCAUGGGUUCCAUGCAGUUCAGCAACUGUGGCACAAUGGUUGAGGAUGAAGAACACUACAUUUAUUUCAAGAAUCAGAUCCAAACCCUGCGCAAUCCAGAACAAAUUGUAAUACGAAGAAAGACGGUGAAGAUCGGCUUCUCGUGCCAGUUCCCCAAAAGCGCCAGCAUCUCGUCUAAUUAUAACGUCCAGAAGUCCGACUAUAUUUUCAGCGACUCGGAAGUGGACAGCUUCAGUUAUUCUUUCGACGUGUACACCAACAGCAACUUUACGGACAAAGUGCAGCCCAGUGCUUAUCCAGUGCAGGUUACGUUUCAGCAAACCAUUUUUAUGGGCAUCAAGGCUGAAUCGCAACUAGCAAACGUGACUUUCUUUGUGGAGUCAUGCAAAGCCACCCCCGAUGACAACCCUGGCAACGCUCUCUUCUACGACCUGGUCAAGGAUGGAUGUGUGAGAGAUAGUUCUCUAAAAGUCCAAGUUGUUGAUGCGUUGACGUACCACUUGGAGGUUUCAACCUUCAGUUUUGGUGGAGGCAAUGAUCAGGUGUACAUUACCUGCACUGUCCUCAUGUGCGACAUCAACAAUCCCUUCUCCAGAUGUGCCAUGGGCUGCCUGAACGAGGCCUUCCGCAGACGCAGGCGAUCCGUGGGCUUACAGUCCUCCAUCCAAUCCCUCACUCAGGGUCCGUUUCAGUUUGUCAGCGAGGCUCUUCCAAGCGCAUUUGUCAACCACAAGCCUGACGUCAUGAAGGAGGCUGAUGUUAAGGAGGCGAAGGCCGACAAUGCGGUGAAGAUCGCUGAGAGAGAGGACAGUACUCUGAUGAAAAAGAGUGACAUGCUUGUGCCAGUUUCUUGGGAAACUAGAGGGCACGUGGGAAUGAAGGAGAUGCUGAGCAGCAACACGAGCACAGGGAUCUUUGCUGGCGCGUGCUCAUUGUCUGUGGUGGCGUUGGCCGUGGUUGUGGCCCACUACACUCGCAAGAGCAAAGCAAAUGACCAGAAGCCUCUUUUGCGUUCCUAGUGGGCUAACUAAAUCCAGCCAUCAGCUCAUAAUUUAUGUACUUUAUAGUCUAACCUUCCCUUUUACAAACUCAUUCAAUGGGGCUAUAUUAUUGUUGUUAUUACGUUUUACACGGCAUUAUCUUGAUGCUUGAUGACUGACACAGGCCUGGGUUGUUUUACAAACUUUGCAAGAAGUCAGACAAAUGUUAUCCACAGUGAACCGAAUGAGGGCUAAUAUGUUUUAGGGAGAACCUGCUCAUGCUUGCACUGCACUGCACUGCACUGCAACAAUCGCAACUCCAAAUUUCCUUUAUGUUUUGAGAACGAUGCCAUUUGUUUAUUAAAAAGGUUGUGUUAUUAAAAAACAACAGUAUUAUCUGAAAAUCAAAUGAAGACAAUGCCUUUUAGUGGUGUGUGGCGCACACUUGUUGCAAAAACAAAUUGAAAUUAGUACUAUGAUUUUAUUAUUUGACCCUGGGAUUUUAGCCUGACCGUCUUAAUCCACUGGCAACGGUCGCACAGACUGUUUGGGUUCAGAGGUUUACGUUUGGACACCCCUGGCAUACAUCAUCUUACUGCUUCCUCCUUCACUGUUAGGUCAUGUGUCAACAUCAUCACUCUAAAGUCCCGAUUUCCUGUGUCUGUACUGUUUACUAACACAUAUAUGCAGAAAUCAUCAAAAUAAAGUCAUAUGCUUAAAAAAAAGAUGUUGACACGUGCAAUACUUUAGGGUGGAGGCAGAAAAAAAAAGAAGGUAGGAGCCGUGAAUGUUAUCACGGUAAAUGCUUGAAAUGUUUGUAUAAAUGACACAUGGCCAAUUAAAGCUGCACCUGUGCCGAAACUGGACCAG